AUGUCGGGCGAGCAGGCCCUUGUGCGAGCAGAGCCUGACGAGUCGAAGGAGGACAGCUCCAUCGUGCUGGCGCUGGGCGACGAGACACACACGCUGGGCAAUGCGCUGCGGGACGUGAUGUGGGCGCACCCACACGUGCAGCUGGCAUCGUACACGCAGGAGCACCCCAGCCUGAAUGAGAUUGUGGUGCGGUGCCAGACAUCGGGCGCCGUCACCGCGGAGCAGGCCGUGGCCGAGGCGCUGCACAUGACACAGGACAUCCUGCACCACAUGGCAGACACCAUGGAUGCAGCGGUGGCCAACUGGCAGCAGCAGCAUGGCGAUGUUGCCGGCGGCGGGGAGGCCGGCGGCCAGCGGCAGCAGCAGCGGCGGCGGCAGCCGCCUGGGAGUGGCAGGGACGAGAUGGAGGAAGAUGAAUGA